UACACAGAAAAGAGGAGAAAGAGGAGAAGAGUUAAUGGUGGGUAAGGGCUCUGGUGGGUCGCGCAGUCAGUCUCUGUUUUGAAUGUAGCUGCUUGUGUGAGUUCUGUGCAGUUUUCUGGGUUUAUGGAUUCGCUGACUGUGGAAAAUGUACUUCUCUAUAGUGGUCCUUGUCCUGACUAAGGCUCUGGUCACAGAGGUAUGUCAUGCCCUGAAUGUGACAGUGAUCCCUGGGCCUGUUGUCAUGGUAACAGAGAAAGACAACCUGACGCUGUCCUGCCUGGUAUCUCAGAGGAAGAGGAGCAGCAGUGUCCUCAUCCUGCGCUGGUUCUUCUCUCCUCUGGCUGCUCCCACUCUCACGCCUCCUCCUCCUCCUCCCUCUGCUCCGUCCCCCUCUCCUCCUGCCAUCGAGCCCUCGCAGUUUCUGAUUGUGAAGAUGGGCAUAAAGAAAAUGAAGCUGUACGGGAACUACACCCGCCUUUUCCCCCAGCCAAAGUUUCGUCUUUAUGAGGAAACAGAGGGAGAGGUGUACCGGUUGCGGAUUCUCAGUGUGACGGGGAUGGACCAGGGUUUCUACACUUGUAGGGUGCAGGAGAUCCGCAAACACAGAAACACAUGGAGAGCAUCGUCCAAUGGUACCAGCACCACACAGCUGACAGUGCACUUUACCCUUGAGAGCAGUAGCAGUGAAGGACUGUGGCGUUUGUUUGCAGACGUGUAUGUGUGUGCCGUGCUGAUCUGCUCACUGGGCCUGCUGUCCAUCUUCCUGUUCACGCUGGUUCUCACCUGCCAGUACUUUUACAGGAGACACAGACUCAAAGCCAAUUAUCUUCUGGUCAGGUGUCCAGAAAGCAGCUCAGGAGAGACUGUAACCAGCUCCAGCAGUUCAUCAAGUUCUUCCCCAAGAGCAAAAAGGAAAGACACGAGACAGAAAACUGACAGAAAAGUCACAGUAAAAGCACCUGAAGUACCAGAGGAGCCACCUCCACACAUACCAGCCAAAGUGCCGGUUCCUGCAAAGAGACCUCAGAAGCCCAGAAGGUUAAAGACUCAGCCAAGGAGAUCUGCCACUCCUCGAGUAUCACGAGUAUCACAAGAGGAUAGUCUGACAUAUGCAGAGCUGGAGCUCUUCAGACCGAGGCCAGAGCCCCCAGCCUCCUCCAGCCCUGACCCCACACCCUCCAACUCAGAUACUGUGUAUGCUCAGAUCCUCUUCCAGGAGAAACAGCUGUAAACACAGCAGCUCUGGACACAUGGAUGUCAUGGGACCUCCUGGUGAGGGUAGAAAUUCAGUUCUCCUAACUGAAUUGAGUGGCAUCCAAAGGACUAUAUUUAUGAACUAUCAAUAUGGCAUUUAGCAUUUGAUUUUUGGCUGUAAGUACACUACAAUUGUUGGUAAAUGGGAUGAGGGUUUUGUGUUUCCUCAGAGUGGUUCCAUUCCAGCACAGCGGUUUUUGGGUCUUAUGAUUCUGUUGUUUUGUUUGUUGGCAUCGCCGGCCUGUGCGCCAGAUGUUUAAUGCUCUAACUGUUAACUAUUCUGUAUAAACUCAGGAGACUGUGUGGAAAGAAAUCGUUGUCCAGGCUCUUUUACUGCAGUGUCAUGAGGCACUGUAACACUGUGUAACACUCGGCUUUUUAAAUGCAUUUAUAAUUACACUACUACUAAUACACCAAAUUAAUAAAUAUAUG